GUAUCAAUAUCUUUGACAGUAUUUAUACUGUUUCAAAAUGACCAAACGAAAAUUCCGUUAUACACCAAACAUCUCUGUUGUCAAAUUCGAUUUACUAACGUUACUUACAAAGAAAUAUGAACACGAUCUAUCGGUAAACAGUUAAUAAAAUUUAUUAUCCGUAAAUAGAAUGUUUCAUAUUCCUAUAAUGGCGGUUAUGGAUUACAGAGAAGAACCACCAGAAAUGGAAGAUGCAGGCGAAGAUCAUUCUGAAGAAUCAGAUAAUAAUGACAAUGUAGCCAAUAAUCCAGUUCCUGAAAUUCAAAUAAUAGAGGAGAGUAAGUUUACUUCAUCGUUAAUCUGUAUUGUAAAAGUCAAGUAUCUUAUGUUACGCAAAGCUUAUAUUUUAGAAAAAGAUGAACACGACGAGUUAAAGGUGAAAAGACCAAAGGAAGUAUCUUUAGAUGAAUCUGAAACUGAUUCUGACCAGUCCUGUCCAAUAUGUAUGGAUUUAUGGACCAGUUCAGGAGAUCAUCGUUUAUGUUGUUUGCGUUGCGGACAUUUAUUUGGAUAUAAUUGCAUUCUAAGAUGGUUGCAAAAUUCUUGUACUACCGGAAAUCGUCGUUGUCCUCAAUGUAAUAGGAAAGCUGCUGUAAAAGAUAUUAGAAUGCUGUAUGCCAAGAAAUUAGCAUCAAUAGAUACUGCAGAAUUAGAUAAGUUGAAAGAACAAUUCAACAAUGUUAAAUCAGAAAAAAAUCGUAUAGAAAUGGAACUUUCAAGGUAUACUCUCAGGCAGAAGUUAUUGGAACAACAAAUUAGUAGUAUGAGAAAUCGUAUAUCUGAACUCGAGAAUCAACAGUCAGAAAUAAGUGUUCAUUCCUGCCAAAAUAUUUCAAAACAUAUGAUUAAAAAGUUCCAUUUGGAUCGAUCUAUAGAAAUAUGUAAAGAUGGUGGUUGUCGUGUGUUAGAUUAUAAUCCAUCGCUUGGAAUCCUGGUUGCAUCCCAGAAAUCAUCAAGUGCAUUAUUCUCGGGUUACGGUAUUAAAAAGAUUGACACAGAAAAGUUUCAACCACGUCAGUUUAUCUUUCUUCAUUCGCAAGCUAUAAGGGAUGUUACAUUCAAUACUAACCAGCAGUCGUUGUUACUUAGCGUUGGUUUCGAUAAAUGUGCAAAAUUGAUGGACAUUCAAAAUCAUGUCACCAUGCACACUUUUCAAGAAGAUUCUCCAUUGUGGAGUUGCUGCUGGUCAGGCGACAAUCCAAAUAUAUUUUUUGUAGGUGCCCAGAAUGGAUCUAUAACACAAUAUGAUAUUAGACAAACUUCUAGUGCUGUUGAAAGUUUGGAUAGUCCAGGUGAUAGAUCACCAGUGGUUUCUUUAGCAACAGUACCUGCUAAUCCUGGCAGUGGUAUCAGUCGAGGGGGUUUCAUUGCAUGUCGUUUAAAUACUUGUUACGCUUACGAACAAAAAGAAUCAAAAUAUAUUCCCAAACAGAUAUUUCUCGAAGGUCCUUUCGUAUCUGUAUGUUACGACGAGAAAAACAAUCAUACUUUAAUAUCUUCUCGGCCGAAUGCCAGACAACCUCAUGCUAGGCACGUAGUGUGUACAAUAGAAAAAGGCAGCGAUGAAUCAACUAUCUGUAAUGUGGUACACACGUUUCAUGCUGGUAGCUCUCAGCAACUAUUGUCUCGACCCUGUUAUAUAAACGUUGAGAACGAUACAUUAGUUGCUGCACAUCAAGAAUCUAGUAGUAGUAUAUCUUUGUGGAGUACAUCUAGUGGAAAACAAGUAAAUAGUCUCCCGGUAUCUGAUCCUGUAGUAGAUAUGUGUGCAGUCGAAAUUAGUAAUACUUUAUUUUUAGCAACUCUCUCUACGAAAAAAAUACAUGCUCACGGAUGUCAAUAUUACUGUAAACAGUUUGUUUGAAACAAAACUAUUCUAUGAACAAGUGAAUGAAAAAAAAUAUGAAAAUCAAUAACA